AUGUCUCAGGGCAACAAUAGCGGCGGUCAGUGUCAUGUUGACGCCAUCAAGGGCGCCCGAGUACUUAUCAUUGGAGGAUCAGCGGGCAUAGGCAAGGGCGUCGCGUCUGCAGCAUUGGCCGCCGGAGCAAACGUGUUUGUUUCUUCUUCGAAUCCAUCCAAAAUAUCCGCCACCGUGACCGAGUUCCAAUUAACGUACCCGGGCGCCAACGUGUUUGGAAUAGCGGCCGACCUGGCCCAGGUGCUCAAGACCGCCGUCGCCGAACUGGGCUGGCCCCUUGAACACAUAGCUUACACGGCGGGAGACGCGUUUGACUUCGAGCCCCUCUCCGCCGUAACGGCUGCGAACGCCUAUGCCUCUUGGACGGUGCUCUACCUCGGCCCACUGCUAGUGGGAAAGCUGGUGACAGUCAACCCGGCCAUUUAUCUCAAAGGGGCUUCCAGCUCAUCCAUCACCCUGACCUCCGGCAUACACGGAAGCAAGCCAUUCCGCGGGCUGUCUAAGAGCAUCGGAUGGUGCGGUGCAGUUGAGACACUCACGAGGGCGCUCGCAGUAGACCUUGCUCCGAUUCGGGUCAACAACGUUUCUCCUGGUGCCAUUCGGACUCCCAUGCUGGAGAAGCUCCCCGACGAAGCUAUAGCCGGCUUUGUCCAGAACCAACUGGUUAAGGAGGUGGGCACAGUACAGCAAACAGCCGAAGCGUAUCUUUUCAGCAUGCGUUGCUCUUUCGCGACUGGCCAACAAUUCGUCAUUGACGGUGGUUAUACUUACAAAUGA